AUGACAGGCGUUUAUCCUCCCGUGACCUACGUUAGCUUUCAAGACCUGAAAGCACGCGUUAUGUCGGCAGCUGAUGCCCUAUCGCGACGUGACGUGAACCAAUACAUCUGCCUAAAACACGUUGUGCAGCGGGAAUUUGAAUCGAUCGAGCAAAACCGUGAUAAUAUCGGAAGUGCUAUUCGAUUCACGUACUUUCCUGACAUCGAAACGCUGAUUGUGAAGGUCCCCUCGAAGCAACAAGAAAAAGCCCACGCGACGAUAGGCGGCCGCCUUAUACGCAAGGUGGCUAGAAUGGGUGUAGGGGAUCUUGAAUUCCAGGCACUGGGGGCUACCCAACCCGGCGGUUGGCCAUUGCUGGUCGUUGAAGCGGGCGUGUCUGAAUCGAUGCCCCGCCUUCGGUGCGACGCGUCAUGGUGGAUCUCGAACUCGAAUGGUGAGGUUCAGAUGGUAUUGAUCAUUGAGGUCUCGAGGAACCCGAAGAAGGUUCCGCAGACUCAGGUACAGCCUGGUCCGGUAUGCCAGGCGCACAAAGUGUGGGCCACCAUGAUUGACCAGCAGGCGAAUCCUCCAAUGGUUCUGGGCGCCCCUCUGCGACUCGAGUUCUAUAAAGUCAUUGGCCGCCCUGCGAUUCCCCUAAUGGAACACGACAUCGUGUUUACAUCGGCAGACCUCCUGGAAUGGUCGAGAUACGUGUUUAUUUAG